AGCAACCAUUAUCUCAGGGACUCAGCUUGCUAAACAAGUCUAUAAGGAAGUCCAGAGGGAUGUAGAAUCAUGGAUGUCCCUUGGGAACAGGAGACCUCAGCUCACUGUCAUUUUAGCAUUUGUAGUGAGAUAAUAUUGAAGCCUAAAGACAUUUCUGAGGAAGAACUUUUAGAUCUGACUGCCAAAUUAAACCAUGAUUCAAGAGUUAAUGGUAUAUUGGUCCAGUUACCUCUUCCAGAUCAUAUAGAUGAACGAACAGUCUGCAAUAUUGUUGCACCUGAAAAGGAUGUGGAUGGAUUCCAUAUUAUCAAUGUUGGACGACUGUGUCUUGAUCAACCUUCUGUAAUACCUGCCACUGCUGCUGCUGUUUGGGAAAUUAUAAAAAGAACAGGAAUACAAACAUUUGGAAAAAAUGUUGUUGUAGCUGGAAGAUCUAAGAAUGUAGGAAUGCCUAUUUCAAUGCUUUUACAUACAGAUGGAGAACAUGAAAGGCCUGGAGGUGAUGCUACAGUGACAAUUACUCACAGAUAUACUCCAAAAGAGCAGCUGAAGAUCCAUACCCAACUAGCUGACAUUAUAAUAGUAGCUGCAGGUAUUCCAAAGUUGAUUACAGCUGAUAUGGUUAAAGAAGGUGCAGCUGUGAUUGACGUAGGCAUCAAUCAUAUCCAUGACCCUCUGACAGGGAAAACCAAAUUAGUAGGGGAUGUGGACUUUCAAGAUUUUGCCUCAAUAAAGGGUUGAUUUGGCGCUACUGAACUCAAUGGGAACUUUGUCAAUUACAUCAGUGAAUGCAGCAUCAGGCCCUAACUGCAAAAAAUAGUAUGGAGAAGUAUCUUCAUUCGUAAUCAAUUGUUCAUUACAAAAAAACAGCUAGAAAAUAAUUAAUAGCAACCCUUCAUUUUCUCUCAAUGGUUUUCUAAAAUCUGUCAUUUUACUCAACAGUUGAGCGCCAGAUCCAUGUACAUUUAAUUUAUCGGUAGUAUUGUCAAGUAACUUUAUUCCUCAUAUUUUAGCCGCCUAAUUUUCUAGCCCUUAAUCUCCAUGGAUCUCAUAUAAUGCUUAAUUUGAAAAUAAUGGUGCAAUUUCAGCCCAUUAUUGACUUUGGUGGGAUAUUCUCACUUACAUCAGAGAUGAACAUGGUCUGUUUAGGGGAAAAAAAGACGCUUCCUUCUUAAUCCUUUUAUAUAUGCUGUGAAUAGGUUCCUUUCCCAAACUGUUCACCAGCAGAGUCCACAUGCUAUGCAGAGCCCAACUCAGUGGCAAAUGCUGUUUAGUAAUUCCAGUUCACUCCUCUAUUCUGUUCCAUGCAUUUGACAGAAAUAACAGGGUUUGAUUUUUCUGGCAAUUCCUUAAGAGCUAGCACUGCCAGUUCUGAGGCAGGUAGUGGAGAGGUGAAAAUGUACAACCUGAAAAAAAUCACAAGCUCUGCAGCAGUCUGGACAGUUGAGUGCAGAAGUAGACUUGCAAUGUAGAAUAACCACAACUAAUACAUAAUGUGUUGAUUGCAUUCCAUCAUUUGAUGGGUUUUCCAAAAAUUAAAUGAUUCCUUUGCAAGUGGUUAGCCUGGAGUUCCAAUGGUUAACCUUAUGCAAAAUAUAUAAGUAGCACAUUGUGCCAAGAAAUUCCAUCUCCCAUGCCAAUAGGUUAACAUGACACUGUUCUCCAUUUCUCCUGUGUCCUUAAAGGCUGUUCCUUGAAAUGUCCAGGACGCUGCCUUAGUAUUUCUCACGAAUAAUGAAAGAAUGUCCUAACCCUGCGGGCGGAGGGGUAAUGUUUCAUGGUUUGUGACUGGAUUGCUGGUGUGGUUUUCAGCAGCCUCCUCUGAGAUAACUAAUUAUGUAGAACUGAUGACCCCUAUGAGUGUUUAUUACUUGAGACGCUCGAUCCAUUCAGUCUUUUAGUCUUAUCCCAGCUCUCUAAGCCAUGUUACCCAGUAAAUUCCACUCUCUUUUUACUGCUCCCUUCCCUUUGAUGGACACUACAUGUCUACACUUACCUCCAGAGCAAUCAAUCCAGCAGGGGUUGAUUUAUCGCGUCUAGUGAAGACGCGAUAAACUGACCGCCAAGAACUCUCCUGUCAACACUGUUACUCCGAAGUUGACGCGGGAGCAUCAGCAGUCAACUUGCUGCAGUGAAGACACCCAUGGUAAGUAGAUCUAAGUACGCUGACUUCAGCUGCGUUAUUCACAUAGCUGAUGUUCCAUAACUUAGAUCGUUCCCCACCUCCAGUGUAGACCAGGCCUAAGUAUUCCGGCCACAGGCGGUAGGCCAGGUUGAGACAGAGGACUCAAACCUCAACUGAAGCCCUGCUGUUUGUACAUUUUUAGAACAGUGGUGGUGGAAGCCCAUCUGUAAUUCCAUCCACCAGAUGCACAGGUGACUUGGACUUCCUUUUUUAUUUUCAAAGUGAGAUUCCCAAACUUUCCUGAGCUUUUGAAAAUAUAUUAUUUGGAAAUAUUCUUACAGUCGUAUCUUUUUUCUGUUUCUAUUAGAGGUAAAGAAGAAAGCUGGCUUUAUCACUCCAGUCCCAGGAGGAGUAGGACCUAUGACUGUGGCCAUGCUCUU